AUGAAGCAACCAGGAAGAGUGGAGAGAAUCGAAAUUAUUAAAGAAAGACAUCAAGCACUUCUAGGUGUCUCAGAAAUUGAAGUUUUCCAAAUUAGAGUGUGCUUAGAAAUCCAAAAGAAGACAUGUGAAUGUAUCGUUCAAGAAAGUGGCCUGACAUUAAAACCGAAAUAUUUACUACUCAUUGUGAAAAAAAAUGGGGAAUGGGAAUUAAUCAACACAGGAUACAAAUCUCUCGAGACAGUUCGAGAAUCAGAAAGUUUUAGUCGUCUAGUUUUCUCCUUAACAUUUCGUCGCAGACCCAUGUUUCACUCUCUUAACACACUGUUUCCGGUUGUCCUCAUGGCGUUCUUAACAGUUAUAAUAUUUAAGCUGAAUCCGGAGUCAGGUGAAAGGGUCGGUCUGGCAUUAACUAUAUUACUCGCUUAUGCUGUAUACCUUGGUGUCAUUUCUGAAAGUAUUCCCCAGACAUCAUUGUCUGCAAGUCUGCUUUCAUCAUACAUAGCUUGUAUUUUGUUUCUACAAACUCUUGCCGUGUUCCUUACUGUACUCUACCUCGAUACAUACUUCAACCCAGACGACAAACCUGUUCCAAAAUGGCUACACGUAGUGACGUCAUCGGUGUUAAUCAAACUUGCUUGUGUCGACUGCAGUAGAAAAAAUAAGAAAGUAUCCCCAAAUCCAUCUGAUAUGAAUAAUGAUAGUGGCACAGUUCCUCAACACAAAUCCGACUAUAACAAAAGCGAAAAGAUUGUUUCCAUUGAAGAUAACGAAGAAGACAAAAAUGGAGUCCGGGAAGCAAAUGAAUCGACACCAUCUGAUAAAGAAUACUCUUGGAAAGAAAUUGCCUUGCUUUUGGAUAAAGUUACUAUGUAUAUUUAUUUAUCACUUGUGACGGCUUUGACUGUUGUAACUGCAUGUGUGAUGCUAGUUCAUUAUGGUCUCGCAUAUUAAUACUAGACCAAACUAGAUAUUAACUG